CGUAUAAAAGGGCGUGUGUCUGAUGGUUUCUACAUCAGUUUCACUGGAGCAAUCUCUUCAUUGAUACACAAUCAUCAUGCAAACCCUUGUGCUUUUCGCAAUUCUGGCCUUGGUGGCGUCGCCAAUUUUCGCCGAAGAAGUUGCUGCAGACAAAAAGGUUGACAAGAGAGGAAUUUUGGGUCUUGGAUAUGGAGGGUACAAUGGUUACUAUGGUUUAAAUGGUUAUGGAGGUUAUGGACAUAAUGGAUAUUUAGGUUCUCCAUCAGUGUACUCUGUAGGACACGGAAUUGCCCCUGCAUACUCUCAUGCUUAUACAGCACCUCACGCUGCAAUUAAUCAUGGUUAUACUGCGCCAAUUUAUACUGUGCCACGUUUAGGAUAUCACUCAAUUGGACACGGAUUAAACUACUUGCAUGGCUGGUAAACUUUUUAGUCGUGUAAAAAAUCAAAAAUUUUCUAUAUGGAAAGAAUUAACUCAAUACUAUAUUAUGUAAUUAUUUUUACAUCGCUAUUUGUAAUUUAAGAAUAUACGAACAAUUUUUCAUAAUUUUUUUUUAUUUUGUAAAUUUGAAAUAAAAAAUAAUUUUGGAUUGGAAAA